AGAAAGCUUCCCAUCGACAGUGCGGUGUUACCAACCUUCCGCGAGAAAUUCAGAGAAAGAGUCAUUUCGUGCUGCAAUGACAUUAGGGCUAUUGUGUUUCGUUCGCAACUAUUUGUUAACGCUUAUCUCAUCCAUAAUAAGAAAGACACACCAAAAGAAAUUUUCACCCAACAGUUCUGGUAUUCGGUUGGACAACUUGUAACAGGUAAAACAGUAACCAACAAGAAAGCAAUAAAUGAUUCCAUGAAAAACUUCUAUAAGCAGUUCAAAGAGAAGCAUCCAGCUGUCGAAGUAAGUUAUAGCUUCACCAAAGGCUAUAGCCAAUGCUUGACAGAAGCUUGUAAAGAGCUCAGUACCACAUAUACAAACAGCAUUGUUGAGCUUUUUGAGCAGCGAAUGCUUAAAUAUCUAUACUAUACCUUGCAGAAUUUGUUCCCGAGCAUGGUAAAGCGCGAUGUUGACGAAAUCGCAACAAAAUACUGCUAUCAAGCGAUUUGCAAAGGCGAACCCAAAUGGCCUGGUAAAGUCAAGUUAAGCAGUGAUGACAAAUUAAGAAUAGAUAAUUUGUGCAAGAACUUUGCAGACCUUGUGGAGGAAAAGGUUACGCUUUUAUCAUUGGCGGCCGAUCCGGUCAAAUUUGUCAAGCCCUUGUGGUUUAUCCAAGAAUACUACGAAGAAGAGCAUUAA